CAAAGGAGCCGACGUAACGAAAGCUUAGACUGAUUGUGCAUUCGGUGCGGUAUUCCACCGGUGCCGUUCGCCCCGUGUCGCUUCACUCGUCUCAUCGCUUCCGUUUUUCCCGGCUUCUUGCGGGUCGCGGGUCUUCUUCGAUCCGCCGACGCGAUUAAACGCGUGCGGAGAUCAGACGCGGUGCCAAAGAAUUCGCCGCGUGUGCCUUCGCGUGAAUGAAAAUGCCGCGCAAGAGAACGUUCACACUUCACGAGGUAUUCGCUGGUCGCAGAAACGCCACUAAGGUGAGUCCCGCUCGGCUGUCGUUCGAUUUUCUUCGCGGCCUCCGCGAAAAUUCGCCGUUGUCGAAAACAGUCGACGGGCCACGUGGUGUUUCUUUAGAAACUGGAGCACUUGACACGCUUAACCUCAAAAUGGCCGUGGCACCUAAGAUACACCUAGUUGGACACUCCUGCGGCUAUCAUCGAGCUCGUGUCAGCUUAACUGCAUGACGUUUCAUAAUCUGUCGGUCUUCAGCGUGUCUCAAGUGAAGAUCUCACGUGGAAAACGAUAUGUAAUUUAGAGUGUUCGAAGAUAUCCGUCUUGAUGCUGAUGUGGACCUUGAUGCAUCAUUUAAUGUCAUCAUAAUGACUGAGAGUUGAGACUACGAAGUUAUUCUUCCCUCGAUUAUUUUUUUGGCAGUAAUUUUCUGUAGAGCUGAAGCUCGCCAUUGUCGUUUGCUGUACGUGAAAGCUAAUGGGGCUUGUCCAAUGUCUCGGAUGGGAGCAAAGGGGCAAAGGUGAUUGAAUAGAUGACAGACUUUUUCCAAUGAUUGAUCAUUAUAUGUAUAAUGUAGCUUUGUUGUACUGUCAAUAUAUUCAUCGUCGAGGGACUUGAAACCAUCAAGCGGUUUAUUCAUCAGACAUUGGACGCAUUGAUUACUAAUGUACAAGUCAACCAUUGAACGAGUAAUGAUUGUUAAAAUAAAGUAUCGAUAUGGAGGAGACCUUCUGAGAAGUAAUAACUAAUUUCGUCCAUAUAUUACAUUUUCUUUGCCAAUGACUACGAUUGUUGCUAUCAAAUGUAGUCAAAUAUAGACUAUCGUGUGCCAUUGAACGUCCACCAUACAGAUAGUAAUAUAAUAGUCUACUGAUUGGACUCUUGUUAUCUCAGUGAUGGGAAGACAAAUGACGAAAAUCUACACAAAUUAUUGCAACGUGGAAAUAUCUCUGCCUUUAAUCCAUUGUAAAAUAAAUAAUCAAACAAAUGAGAUUUCAAACGUUUUGUUUGUAAAAGAAUUCAAUUCUACAAUUACAGAUCAUUUCUGUUUUAGUUACAUAAUCAAAGAAUUGCCGAAGGAAAAUUGAAAAAAUCUAUGCUUGCCUUGAUACCUAUUGCACAUAACUUCGACCACUGCAAAAUGAUGAAUUAUGAAUUCAUCAUUUUGCAUUGUAUUUUUCUUGCGCUGAUCCACUUUCGCAUAAUAAGCACUUCAAACAAUGUGCUGUUUGUUUGCAAUCUUCCUGCACUGUUGUUUCUUCGACAAUCGAUUGCAUCUUAUGCGACUUCAUUUCGUUCAUUCGUUCAUUUGAAUUGAUAAUAGAACUCAUCUUGUGAUAAUAAUAUUACGAUUACGUGGAGUUAAUGUUACGCCUUAUUUCUCAGAAGCAAAACUGUAUGUUCAAUGAAUGCGCUGCAUGCACAGUUGUGUAAGUAGUGACGCGCGGACAUACUUUACUAAUCGCGCUGGGACUUCAAGCACCAUCCCAUUGGUCGAAUUGCGUGACCCGCCUCAAUUAUAAGCUUGAUAAGGUCAACUGUGAGAUAAUUAAACUCGAUACUGCGGGCGAUGAAAUUUCUUCGUUCGGGUGCACGAUGAAAAGUUGGGGAAACACCUCUAUCUAUAUAAGAUCAUUUAAAUUUAACUAGCUCGAAUCAUCACGUGCAAUUCUAUCAAUGUACAUACUUUACUGAUCAAUAUACCAUCAGGGAAAGUUAACACAACCAUUAAGAAACCCUUGAAACUUCUUGGAAAGUCAAACGGCACGUGCGUUUAGAGUUAUCGCCUUGUUGUACGAUAUUACAUGAAUUAUCGAUCAAUCAAGAAACGGCCUCUACCUCUCAACGUUGGAUAUACUUAACAAUGCUCGAAGAAUGUGAAAUAAUCCAUGAUGAGUAUGUGUAAUCCGUCAUGUGACGACUGGACUGUACACAUAGAGCAAAUAAUGAUGUAAAUCCUGAUGACUCGCGUGAAAGAACUUGAUAUGCAGAUCUAUUUGUGGUUGGUCAGCAUGAAUCAUUGUUUUCUAUUUAAAUAUUAUUUUUGCACUUUCCUUUAAAUUAAAUUAAAUUUAGUUUAGUUUAACGUGAAAAUUGUGGCCCGUAAAUUAUUUUGUUAAACUUUAUUUGCCGACAUGUUUCGAUAGAUUGCGUUAGAUUAUUAUUAACGAGUCCAAUUAGUUGCAUUAUUGAACUGACGUAUUUCUAUAUUGCCGUGUCCAUUCAAUUCUAUACUCUUACAUAAAAUGGUCACUUAAAGAUCAUUGCCUUAGGCAAGCAUCAAUUAUUUUUGUAAUGAUAUCUCAUGUACUUUAUUUUUCUAAAGUCUUAAUGAUUUAUAAAUUGGAAUUUAAUGAUCUAAAACUUUAGUAAUUAUCUGUCUCCAUUUGUUGCAUCAAACUGAUGUUUAAAAAAUGAAGGCUUUAAACGUAACUGCGUUUAAACUAACUAUGUUUUCAUUACAAAGACAACUCUUUUAAUGGUUUAUAGAGCGAUAAGCAGAAGUAUUAGUUACUUUGAUAUUUUGCUUGUCACUUUUGCUAGUUACUGCACCGCUAAUUACUGUACCGUUGUAUAAUUUAUUUAUCAUGUCUUCUUUAUGUAAUAAACAUGUUAAAUAAAUCAUCCAUUUUACGACGUAGAAUUUAGGUGUCUAUUUUACGACGUAGAAUAGCUAGGAUUUCAGUAAUCGAACGCCGAAAUAUUCACGAUUACAUCGCGUUUUACUCCUGUAAUGAUGUAAUGACAGGUACAGUAUUCCACAUCUUUAUCUUUCGCACUGUACCAAAAGUACGAUCGAAAAACGGCGCGAUGGUGGGGUCGUAAAGAUAGUCAAUGCUUCGUCAACGUGGUUCGGUCGCCUUUCAGUGCCGGCACUUCGUUCCGUCUGCAACGAUGUCGAUCGUAUCACGAUUUCUUCCGUUUGUCAUAUACUUCGAGUUGUGCCUGUUGAAUAUCGUGAAGUCUUAAUCAAUCUUUAGCCGUUUCUUCGCGUAUUUGUUAAUCGCUCCAUUCUGAUAAUCCAAGGUGAUCCUCGUGCUUUCAUCGCAUAAAAGAGAUUCAUACCUCGAGAUUCCCGUACCCCGUUCAACUAUCGAUUCCUUCGCACGAAAAAUGGAAGAAUUUCAAAGAUAUGAGGAAUCCAAUAUGUACAAAGAACGGCCAUCUUGCAGUUUACGGAAAUUGGGAGACAUGGUCCCAGCGCGGGUCGUGCUCUACUUUCUCUCGUUUUCCGGAUUCCUCGUAUCUUUUAUGAUGAGGACAGAUAUUAACAUUGCUAUGGUGGCCAUGGCAAAGCUCUCGUCAACGUCGAGCAAUGAAACCAGCGCGGUAACAUCCCAUUGUUACACAAUGACAAAUGCGUCACAUGCGGAAAACACCACUGUAAUCAAGCCAGAGGAAGCUGGCGAGUUCGAGUGGAGCCCAGCUAUCCAGUCGGCCAUUCUCAGUUCCUUCUACUGGUGUUAUAUACUCUCGCAAAUGCUCGGCGGUGUUCUCACUCAGUAUUUCGGCACUAAAACCAUAUUCGGCGCAUCCCAGGCCGUCACUGCUGUCUGUAGCUUGCUUAUGCCAACUGCCGCGGAGAUCCAUUAUGGGGCCAUGAUAGCGUUACGUAGUAUACAGGGCAUUGCAAGUGGACUCACAUGGCCCGCGAUGUAUGCCAUAAUUGGACACUGGAUCCCACCUGUGGAACGUUCACGCUUCAUGUCUUCCUUUCAAGGGUUCAGCAUCGGCAUCGGAUUGACCUACCCGUUGUGCGCGCUCAUCAUCGUCCAUUUCGGAUGGAGAGCCGUGUUCUACACGACUGGCAGCAUCGGCCUCGUCUGGUGCGUCUUCUGGUACUUCUGCGCCUUCGACACCCCCGCGUCGCAUCCCCGAAUAUCUGAACCAGAGCUUCGUUACAUUCAGGAGGGUGUUAGGAACCAAGUUAACGGGGGGAGCCAGGAUUUGCCAGUCCCUUGGAAAUCCAUACUCACGUCUUGGCCAGCGUGGUCGAUCGGUAUCACGACCUUCGGCAGAAUAUGGGUGCACUAUGUCUUUAUCAUUCCGGGCCCGAUGUACAUGAAGACCGUAUUAGGAUUCAGCAUACAGGCGAACGGUAUCCUGUCGGGUGCGCCAUUUAUCUGUAGUUACUUAAGUUCCGUUUUGUUCUGCUACGUUGCGGAUCUCCUCGUCACGCGGCGAAUCCUGACUUUACUCACAGUACGCAAAAUAUUCACCGCGUUAUCUCAAGUGGUUCCUGGAAUCCUCGUAAUUUUAAUUGGAUACCUAGGUUGCGACAUUAUUCUCGUUUUGAUUGUGUGGUUUGUGGCUGUCACUCUCAUAACAGCCGGUUACGCGGGCGCAAUGGCCAACAUCGUGGACAUCGCGCCCAAUUUCGCAGGACCGGUGCUGGCAUUUGCACAGACAAUUCACAUGACUGCCAGUUUCUUGUCUCCCAUAGCAGCUGGUCUGCUUACACAGGAAAGCCAAUCUCUCGACGCGUGGAGAAGAGUGUUUGCAGUCACCGCGGGUGUAUCUUGCUGCACGUACAUCGCCUAUCAAGUAUUUGGCACGGCAGACAUACAGGCAUGGAACUAUCCGCAUCAAAAAUAUCCUCAGUCCAUUCAGGAAGACUCUCAGCCGUUGAAUGAUUCGUUUGGCAAAAAAGGCAAGAUCAUUCCGGCUCAAACCAGACCCUCGGAACAAGCGUAAUGUAUCCUCAUUUCGGCUUACGUCAAAUUUAGUUUUCUACUUCGUCCCGUUUCCUGUCGUCAUCAUUCCUUGUGUUAAGCUCCGUCUGUUGGCUCUUUUUAAUACAGAACACAGCUCAAUAUAUAGAUGUGAGAGGUACCGUAUUUUCUCUAAUAUUGCUCUACAGUUCUGUAAAUAGAUCUCUAUUCCUGUGAAUGAUUGUUAAUGCAGGUGAAAUAUAAACGAUAUAGAUGCCAGAGUACUGUAUAUUAUAGCGACGAGAUGAUAUUUUUAUGAUGCGAAUCUCAGGUGUACGUCAAAAUGUUUUAAUCUGUUUUUCGACACACAAAUCGCUUGUGCAGUAUACGGUAAGUCAGCACAAAUAUUUCGAUUGAAAAUAAGCAGAGCGCGCGCGGAAAUUUGCGUGGUCUUACGAUGAGUUAUCUCAAUUGAAGGAGCCAAAAGGAGAAGCCGUGAGAAAAGAGAAAAAUGCGUUGUUUCCUUGAUAACUAAUAGUAUUUGGCGAUUUGUGUACUAUCAUUUCGCAUAAAUUGUUUUCAUUUAAACACAAUCGCUCUUAACUAUUGGUGCUUUAAAAAAAACAUAUUUCAAAUAAACUUUAUCCGAUUCAACGUGAAACCGCACGAAUUUUCACUCUCUAGUGAUAACUGAUGUACGAUUUUGUUUCCUUAUACAUUCGAUUAUGAAACGAUUACAUAUAAUUACAAUAGAUAACUUGACCACUGAUUCGUAAAUCGUGGAUCUCGUAAAGAUAGCGAAUGAUUACUUAUUUUAUUUUACAUGCGUAAAUACCCGAGAAUAAUGAAGAUUAUAUUAAUGGAGAUACUGAUUCAUUUAUAUAUGUAAUAUAUAAGUUCUUUUAAUUAUAUAUUCAACAUAAUAAUUUGCAUCUCAGACAGGAAAUAUCAAAUGAUCAAUGCACUUCGUUCUUAAGCAGCAUCCGAUAUUUAUAAAAAUAUAACGAUAAUAUAGAAUUACAACAUGCAAAAGUAUUUGCAAGCAGAGUAUUUAUCACAAGUUCAGAGAUACUUAAAAUACCAGUUUGCUGAUUAGUUUUAUUUAUGCAAUUCUUGACAUGAGAUACGAAUUUAGUCAUCAUGAACAAGAAGGGAGGAUUAAAUGAAAUUAAAGUUGGGAGUACUUUCCUCAGUACCUACUUUUUACAAUCAGUGCCUUAUGGUACGUAUAGAUCUUCAAACUAUAAAGUAGCUCUGAGUAUAGACCUCUCUCGAUAUGUCUAGUAAUUUAAGUUUUACAAAUUAGCGUAGCUCUAAUAGGGAAAACAAUCCAACAAAGUUCACGAUCAUAAUCGAAAAUUAUUAACCUGCCAUUAAUGAAAUGCCAGUAACGAAAACAAAAAAAUAUUUAUUACGUAGUAAGAUGAAAUCCGUGUUACGCAAAUAAACUUGCAGAAACCUGCAUACAUUUAGACAAUGUAAGAAAUAUAUUCGAUUAUAUAAUCAAUUUAGUUAUAUAAAUAUUGUAAGAAAAUGUAUGUUGCCUAUUAUUUUUCGAAGGAACAAGAAAUCUUGUUUUAUAUUUAUAAGUGCAUAUUACAAGAAUUCCAUUAGUAAUGUAUGCACACUCUUCUAGCAAAUUAUUCGUGCAAGUAUUAUAAAUUUAAGUUUCAUGUAGCUUCCAUCAAAUUAAUCAAAUUCUCUCCUCUGACCUUAUCUCAUUAUUCGCGGACAAAGUACUUUAUGUAUCGAAUAAUUUAAAUAUAUUAGUAUUUUCAUAAAUAAAUAAAAUGUAUUGAUAAUUGUGUCUUUAUGUAUUAUUGUGUGUGUAUAUUACAAUAGUUUCGUCGCGCAUAUAAUAAUACUUAUACCUAUGUAAAAAUUAUGUAGAUAUAAACUUUACAUAUGGAAGAAAUCGCUAGUAUUUCCAUUAACAUUUGAGAUAACAUGAAAUGCCUUAAAAGACGUUAUUUUCUUAUGUAAACUGACCUGUGUUCAUUUUUGGAGACAGAAGAUUUGUCAAGUAGGGACUUAGCGUCGCAGAAAAAUUAUAUGUAUGCGAAAUGAGUGGUACUUAAAACACAUGAGUAGACAUAAAACACUACUUUCUUCAAUAUGUUCAAGUUUAUCUUUUCUUUUUAUUUUACAUACUAUGUCUACUCACGCGAAUGUAAUCUCUUAUUAUAUAUCGAAAUAUAUAUUUAAAAAUCGUACUUAUGAAAGCAUUUUCAGCCGGUGCGUAACGCAAUAUCGUCAACAAUCAAAUGUAUACCGAUAAAAAUCUUUACAUUUCUGUAUUAAGUUUUUAUUAUUAGAGCAUGGAAAUUUGUCAGAUCUUUCUCAGGUGAGGUGCCAUUCUGCUUGGACGGCACAAGAUGUUACUGUUUCCUCGAAAACAGCAAUUGCGGCGCAAAACGGAAGUUUUGUUUGAAUUGACGCGAUAACACAAGCGAAAACAAUCGCACAUGGACCAUUUCAAUCUCCGCAUUUGCUUGGAAAGACUAAUCUUUGAAACGAAAGGAUUUCCACGCUCUAAUAUAAAAUUAUUAAAGUCUCGAAAACCAGGAGUUUCGAGUUACUAAUAAUAGACUGUAUUAUGUGAAAUGUUAUUAAAUACCAGAAGUACGACAGAUGGAUUACAUAGUCAUAGUACAGAGAUAUGAAUUAACUCAAAAUAUACAAGCGUAUAUAGUUUUAUUAA